AUCUCAGAUCUCUCACCAUGUAUUCUCCAACCUCAUCAGGCAUUAUAGGAGAAGACUCAGAGCUGUUAUCUUGGCAAAGGGAGCUAGCACAAAGUACUGACUAAAAGGGUGCCAAUAAUUGUUGCACACCUAUAUGAACAAUUUUUUUUUUCUUCUGAUAAACCUGUGUUUUAUUUGAAUUUUUUUGAUAUCCAUGAGAUAUCCACAUUGGCCUGUAGUUGGACAGUGUACAGGGGUCGAAGUCAGGUUUUUAAAUCAGGUUUAAGUUUGAUAACUGCUAGUUUAAAUGAUUCAGGUCCAUUAGUCAGUGCUAAGGGAAGAACUGAUUAGUUUUAGAAGGGGUGUGAUUACUUCUGGAACAAUCUGUUCGAAGAAACAUGUCGGUAAAGGAUCUAGUAAACAAGCUGAUGAUGAUUUUUGUAAAGAAAUGAUACGUGAUAAACACUACAGGUGUACAAGUAGUCGGUUAGUGUAUAUCAGUUCGCUUUUUCAAUCGGCGAAAUCACCUGAAGAUUAAAAACAAGCCGUGGGAACAAACUACAGUAAAUCCGUUACUGAUUUGUGCGCGUGGCAAAUGUAGAGCCACGUGAUUGGCUGGCGCGCGGCUCUCGCGCUCAGGUGCACCAGUCUCGCGCCGGCUUUUUACACACUACGUGCAGCGCGCUGCAGUCAUCCGGCAAAAACAAACGGUUUCCGUGUUAUUUUUUUUAAAUUCUCAACAUAAAGCGGCUAUUUAUAACAGGCGUCUAAAGCGGUCGUAAAUUCUCUCCAUAUAUAUUUCCAGUUCUGACAUCUUGGCGCAAGGACGCGGCGAGAGAACCCGCGUUUUUGGUCAGCGUUUCCAGGAAUUGCUGAGUAAAAAAGACGACAUAAAUCAAGAGAGCGAAGUGUUCGACAGCUCUUUCGACAACCGUUACACCUUCCAGUACCUUCCAGACUUGUGGAAUCUGCUCCUGCUGUGCUGUUGGCUUAUGUCAUCACAAAGACAAAAGUCGAACAAUGGGCCGCAAGCUGGACAUGUCAAAUCUGACAGAGGAGGAGGCGGAGCAUGUGCUACAGGUGGUGCAGAGAGACAUGCAGCUACGUAAGAAAGAAGAGGAGCGUCUUAGUGAGUUGAAACAGGCGCUGGAUCAGGAGGAGAGUCGCUGUGUUCUGCUAUCACGUCAGCGCGGCUUUAAUGAGCGAUGCUGCAUCCGUUGUUGCUCAUCCUUCACCUACUUUCUGAAGCCACGCCGCCGCUGCUCGGACUGUCACUACAACGUCUGCAAGCGCUGCUGCUCAUAUUCUGAAACUGACAAAAGCUGGCUGUGCUCCGCCUGUGAGAAGAGCAGACUGCUGAAGACACAGUCUCUAGAGUGGUUCUACAGUAAUGUGAGAAGACGGUUUAAGAGGUUCGGCAGUGCCAAAGUGCUGAAGAUGCUCUACAGGAGGCACGUUGGAGACCAGGGGAGUCAGGUUGAAUUUACAGAAGGAAGUACAUAUGCUGAAAGCACUGAUGACAGUGUUUAUGAGAGUGACUCGACAUUCUACAAGCAUAGUGAAGAGCAGAGCAUGGCAGAGAGCAUCAGCGUGGCACUCCGUGUGGCAAAGGAGGCCAUAGAUGAGGCUAUUAUUAAGGCCGAGAAACAAACGGGCAAUCAGGAGAAGCUGAAGGAGGCUUGUUACCUACGAGACAACAGAGGAGAGCUGAUAGAAGAACUCACCACCAUGAUUGUGCAGACAAUUAUCUGCAGGAGGAGAGGUCUAUCUGAGAUGGAUACAGAGUGUAAUUUGGAGCCACCACCUGAUCAGAACAGUAAUUCCCAGUCAGCCUUCUCACUUCUCACCGAUGAAAUACUGGCCCAGCAUGACAAAGCAGAGCAGAGCUCCAUGCUCUGUACACAGGGGCUGAAGAAGGAUGAGGUCCCUGCCAUUGCUAGCUGGAAUCAGAAUACUGAUUGGAUGGACAACUCAUGUGCAUCCUCAGUGCUACAGAGUCCAGAUGGGAACUGGUUUGCCCUACAGAGUACCCAACAGUCUCGGCUGAGCUUGCCGACCAAGCGUGAGAACCUGAUGUUCAGCGCGCUGGAAAAGGAAUCCGGUGUGAUCUCAGCCUAUGACGGAAUAGCCUCUGACACCGAGUCAGACUCUGAUGGAGCCUGGGCUGCUGCCCGGGUGGAGAAUCUGCCCUCCAGCAACUUGUUAAAUGAUCAUCAUGACACCAGCUCACAGCCAGCUAUAAAAUUACCAACUGACCAACCCCAUAGUGACAGUGACCAGAACAACCCCAUGCCCCAAAUCCAUAAACUAUCACUUCCUCUCCUGAAGAGGAAGGUGUGUCUAGAGGACAGUCACCUGUCUUGCCAAUGCCAUAGUGCCAUGGGUAUUACUGCAAACCCUGAUGGUGGAGACAGUAGUGAGGAUGGCUUAGAGGACAACAGGGUCAAGAGGACACGACGGAGGAGAAGAAAUAAGCGUGAGGCUACAGAGGGGAAAGGCUUGAGAGUGUGCAGUGGGGGAAGGCUAUCUUUAUCUGAACCUCAGGACUAUGGCAGGAUGCUACUGAGUUAUCUAUUGAAAUGCCAGACCAAGAGGCAAGAGAGUGUUUCAGAGUUGAGUGACGAGACUAUAAAUGCGGACACACCAGACUCUCUGACCCCAGACAUUUUGCAAUCAGGGGCCAUGACUCCUAAUGCUUUUACGCCUCAUGCAGAAGACCCCAACACUGAGGAUAAUGUUCUGAGUGGUGCUUCAGAUCAGCAGCUGACAUCCAAAAUGAGACAACUGUCCGAUCAAGUCAAUGGAACACAGCUCCCCUUAACCAGGAAUGGGCUUGACGUGGUACAAGAACCCGUAGAUGAGAGAAAUGAAAAGCGAGAGAAGGGAAAGAAUAAUGAGAGGGACAAAGAGAGAAGAGAAGUCUUAUGUGAUAUGGAGGUGGAUGUAGACCAGGAAGACUCGGAGAUGAACGAGGAUAAAUAUCAAAAAGCAGGCAAAAAAUUACCAGAUGUAGAAGACAAUGAGCUAGAGAACAUAAAAUUGAGGAAUUCAGAAACCCUGACCACAAAUAUGAUUGAUAAAUUGCACAAUGAAAGUGCCGUUGAAACACAGAGAAUUGCCAGAAUGCCACAGAAAGAGUGCUUUGAUUGUAAGGUUCAGCUAAUAAGAGAAUUAAAUAGCACUAAUAACUUUGGCUCAGAGGGACAGAUUAAAACGACUGAAGACAAAGCAAAUUAUAUGAGUGAGGGAAUGCAUGUAUAUCAGAAUGUUGAGCAGGGAAAGAAAGACAGAUCUGAUAGUAGAGGAGGAGAAGAUCCUGAGCCUGUAAAAAAUCAACACAGUGUAAAUAAUGAGGCACAUAUAGAACCAGAAGCCCAAGGUCUUUUGGAGAUAGACAAACAAAGAGAGACACCUGUGGAGAGCUGGGAAAAAAGUGACAAAGUUGAGACUCAAGAGUGCAGGAAGCCGAAAAAAGACCCUGAAUAUGCAGCUGAAAGUAAAAAUGACAGUGUGGACAAUACAGUAAGUGAAAAAAGAAUGAACAAGGAGGAAGAGAGACUGACGUACAGACGUCAGGAUGAUCUUGAUUGUGGUGAGGAAGGGAACUCAGACUAUACAAACAUGAUUGAGAAUGUGGUUAAGGGUUUAAAUAUCCUGGAAGAAGAAACCGAGGCACAUAUCAGCAAGACAAGAUACAGCAUAUCAGAUUUCGCUGAUGAAUUGAGUAAGGAGAAGGAGGAAAUAACGGGAAAACAAAAAGAACCAAACCAGUCGACACAGGAUAAUGAAAUCGGAUUCUAUAAUGAGAGAAUGAACAAGGAUGAACAAACACAAGCGAGCGAUAUGGAAAAUGAGAGCAGGGGUAACUUGGUUGAGAAAAUAGAAGCGUGUAGUUGUGUAGCAGAAGCAGAGCAGUGUAAUGACCACACACUCAAGGAUGUUCUGGACUGCACUCCUCCUGGUCAGGAAGAGUUUCUCCCCCCAGAGGAAAUCUACAAAAAGUAUUCAGCUGCAUCUCUGCGCAGCAUCACCACUGAGGUCCUGAAGGUUCUCAAUGCCACUGAAGAUCUCAUCCAGGGUGCCAUGGGUCUCAGCCAGUCAGAGUCCUGGGAUCGACCUGCCCCUACCCUUCCUCCUGCUCAGAGCAAGAGACUAGACGAGCAGCUCAGCAGACUAGAGGAAAAUGUAUACGUGGCUGCUAGUGCCGUAUUUGGGCUGGAGGCUGAACUGGGAGAUCUUGAGGAGUGUGCACGCAGCAUCAGCGGAGAAACCAAAGAGGAAGAACUCUCUCACCUGGAGGAACAGGUGGCGUCAGCCGCCGCUCAUGUACAGCAGUCCGAGCUCCAGGUGUCAGACAUUGCAGCAAGAAUUGCAGCUCUGAAAAAUGCCGGCCUUAAUGUAGCACCACAGACACGUUUUGCCAAGCCACAAACCAUAGAUUCAUCUCGCCAGCACCGUCGCCGCCUGCCAGCACCUCCAAUGCAAGGUAAAAAGACGUAGUGAGAGCCAGAGCUCAGAAAACAUCAAUUUACAGCCAAACAAGCAGAACCUCUGUGCCUUUAAUUAGCAGACUACAGCCCCAAACAGCCUUUUCUGUUAGCCAUAACCACUGCACUGCAGAACUGAUUCUGAUCACUAGGCACUGGAAGACAGUAUUACGGUGGGCCACCUUACUGAUGAAUGGCCAAAAUGGUCAAAAAAAAAAAACAAACUAAAAAAGGAGAGGACAAAAAUCAUUAUGUGUAGAAUUCCAUAUAUUACAAUGGGUUAUUUAUGAACUAUGCACAUACGUAAGAGAAUAUUUUGUUGAUCCUGUGCCAUAUACGUUUGGAAGAUUAUAAACUGAAGUUAUGGAUCAGUUUGCUUUCAAAUUGACAUCAGAAUUUAUUACUUUGUUGUGAACAUCUAAAUUUUAAAGUCUAUUCCAUUUAUUUAAUCUCGUUCUACGAGAAACAUGAAGCCAGUCUAACUAUUAUUUUUUUCAUAUCAGAAUUUCUCAGAACACUGUUAACAAAUCAUGGCCGUUUCUGUCCCCUUUGCUCUUGUUUAUUACUUAUUAUUAAGUAGAGAUUUAUUUCCAGAGAAAUAAGUGUACUAGAAUCACACACAUUAAUUAUUUAUAUAUAAAAAUUAAAAUGUGUAAUUACUUAGUAUGUAUUAAAUUUCUUUAUGUAA